AUGCCCAUAUUGGGCGCUUUAAGGUACUUUAAGGCAAGGCUGUGUUGUUUGGCAACGCCGCCUCACGCCGGCAUUGUCAAAUCUUGGCCGGUUGUCAGCAUGCACAAUGUACGCGAACUCACCAACGUCCGUCGCGCGCACGAGCGUUUACGUUUCUCCCUCAUCUGCUUCACGCGACGUGCAAGCGCAAACCUCGGGGCUGAGGCGUGUAAAUCAGCUUGUACAAAACCUCUCAGCGGAAUCGAUCGCGCAAGGUCCCAACAAUGGCGCCGCUCCCCUCACCAGUUCUAACAUCGUGAAGCGGACAAAAAGGUUGUCUUCGCGAAAAGUAGUCCAAUGACCUGAUCUUUCUGAAGAAGGUGAAAACAAGUGCGAGAGCAGGCUUGAUAAUUGGGUAUCCUCAGAAGGGGACCUAUGUAGAUCUCUGUUAUGCUCGAGGGGAUGAGAGAAUUUAUGACCUUGACCAGCUGAUUCCUGUUUUACUUAGCCAGAACUUGCAUCCACUUAAU